CUUUUGCCUGCCGCCACAUAAGUCGUGCUUUUGUUCCUCCUUUGCCUUCUGCCGUGAUUGUGAGGCCUUCCAGGCAGAUCUUUUCAUAGGAAAUAAUCUAGUGCCUUAAGCUGCUUGGACUAUACAGGAGCCCAUUACAGUCGAUUAAAUGACAGCGUCUCACUCUGUUGCCCAGGCCGGAGUGCAGUGGUGAAAUCUCGGCUCACUGCAACCUCUGCUCCCGGGUUCAAGUGAUUCUCCUGCCUCAGCCUCCUGAGUAGCUGGAAUUACAGGUAAUACUUUUAGUGUCCUGGCUAAAAAUUCCUUGCUGUACAAGUUUCAGUCACCUGCUGUCAGCUGCAGUCUGAAUUUUAUCAUCUCACAUCAUCACGAGAAGGUUCUGUUAUUUCCUCCAUAUGUUUUGAGGCUGUUAGGAGAUACAUUCAUCCUCCAGGGAUGCAAAUAAUAUAAGGCUAUUUCAAUUUAAGGUUUAAUGGUUGGAAGACUAUUGAUCUUAAAAUUCUGACAUUAGUCAUACUAAGAAGUUUUAAAUCACUACAAAAGAAAAGGGAUGGUGAUUACAUAUUCAAAUUAUUGACAGUUAAGCAAAGCAAAUCCACCAUACUACUGAAUGUCCUGAUGAAAAGUCCAUGAACCGCCUUCUUUACUGUUACAGGGCAAUGAAGGAUCCCACUGAAAGCUGUCAAAAGAAAAGAAACUUUAUCCAUGAAUUGGUAUUGCUUGGGAAUAAUCUUUAAGUUUUAUAAGGCUCAGUAGAUUUUGGAUCAUUAAAUACUUCCUAUUCUAUAUAUUUUCAAAUAUAAGUGAAAGGCGCUACAUGUAAAAAGUUCUAAUUGAAUCUUUGGAUUCUAUUUUAAUUAUAAAUAAUAGAUACUAAAAAUAUUUCCAUUUAGCUUUUUUUAAAGUCAGGUUUACUGAGGUAUAACUUACAUAAAUUGUAAUUCAUCCAUUAUACUGCUCAGUUCUAUGUUUUGUCAAAUGCAUAUAGUUGCAAAUCCAUCACCAUAAUCAAACAUAGAACAGUUCUUCAAAACAAUCUUCUCAUUUUCCUUCUUAGUCAAUCUCUUCUCUCCUCCUCCAUUGCCUAUUAACCACUGAUCUGUUGUCUGUUCCUAUAAUUUUGUCUUUUCUGGAUUGUCACAUAAUGGAAUUAUAGAAUAUGUAGGCUUCUGAAUCUGGCUCCUUUCACUUAGCUUUAUACAAUUGAGAUUCAUCUAUGUUGCUGCAUGUAUUAGUACUUUAUUUCUUUUCUUGCUGAACAGUAUUCCAUUGUGUGGAUGUACUAGUCUAUUAUUCAUUAGGUUUUGAAUACUUUUUCUAUUUCCAUUUGAUUAUAUGUUUUCCUACCAUUCUUAAGUUAUAUAUUUGAAUUAAAAUAAUAUAGGAACACAGAAAUAUGACUUCCUUAGGAAGUCAUAUUUCCAAGUUUCCAAAGGAAUCUCUUGCUCAGCUAGCUUCAUCUUUCUUCCUUGUAUCUCUCUUUAUGUUAGAAAGAAGAAGUGUCUUUGCUCCAUUUAGCAAGAUAAUGUCUUACCUGAACACCACUAUGGAAUUUCCAUUUAAUCUCUCUUUCUGAAUAAUACUCAAAAUAGAAAACACAAAUUAAAGACACAGCCAAUUAACCACAACCUUGGCUUCAUAGUCCAUUGAAUUUCUGGAGUUAAAAUGUAAAAUAACUGAAAUAAAGAAUUCACUAGAGAGACUCAACAGCAGAUUUGAGGAGUCAGAAGAGAGAAUCACCAAACUAGAAACUAGUCGAUUGAAAUUUAUUGAAUCUGAGGAGGAGAAAACAAAACAAACAAACAAACAAACAAAAAACAAGAAUAAAGACAAAGGAACAGAGCCUUAGAGACCUGUGGGAUACCAUUAAGUAUAGCAAUAUAAUGGGUAUCCCCCCAAAAGAGGGAGAUAAUAUUUAAAGAAAUAACAGCUGAAAACAUCUCAAGUUUAAUGAAAAAUCCUAACUUGCUAAUCCAAAAAUCUCAAAAAAAUCCAACUAGUGUAAACUAAAAUAAAUGUACAUCUAGACACAUUAUAGUCAAAUCAUCAAAAAAGAAAGACAACACAGAGAGAAUCUUGAAAGCAGCAAGAGAAAAGUGACUUAUCACAUAAAAGGGAUACUGAAAAAAGGUUAACAGCUAAUUUGUCAUCAGAAAGUGCGGAAUCCAGCAGGAAAUGAGUUGACAUAUUCAAAGUGCUGAAAGACAAAUACUAUCAACACAGAUUUCUUCAUUCAGCAAAACUAUUCUUUAAAAAUGAAGGAGAAAUUAAGACAUUCUCAGAUUUUAAAAAGCUGCAAGAAUUUGUUGUUAGUAGACCUAUCCUACAAGAAAUUCUAAAGGAAAUCCUUCAGGCUGAAAUAAAAAGGCAUUAGGUAGUAACUUGAAUCCAAAUAAAACAUAAAGAGUCCUGAUAAGGGUACCUAUGUAGGUAAAUAUAUCAGACAAUAUAAAUAUACUUUUGUUUGUAGGACUUCUUAUAUCUGAUUUAAAAGACAACUACAUAAAGCACUAGUUACAAAACUGUGUAGAUAGAACGGUAAAAAUGUAAUUUGUGACUUUGUGCUAUGACUAUAAUAGCACAAAGGAGGGAGAAAGGGACUGGAACUAUAUUAGGACAAAGUUUAUACUACUGAAAUUUUUUUUUUUUAUUAUACUUUAGGUUUUAGGGUACAUGUGCACAAUGUGCAGGUUUGUUACAUAUGUAUCCAUGUGCCAUGUUGGUUUGCUGCACCCAUUAACUCGUCAUUUAGCAUUAGGUAUAUCUCCUAAUGCUGUCCCUUCCCCCUCCCCCUACCCCACAACAGUCCCCGGAGUGUGAUGUUCCCCUUCCUGUGUCCAUGAGUUCUCAUUGUUCAAUUCCCACCUAUGAGUGAGAACAUGCGGUGUUUGGUUUUUGGUCCUUGCGAUAGUUUACUGAGAAUGAUGGUUUCCAGUUUCAUCCAUGUCCCUACAAAGGACAUGAACUCAUCAUUUUUUAUGGCUGCAUAGUAUUCCAUGGUGUAUAGGUGCCACAUUUUCUUAAUCCAGUCUAUCGUUGUUGGACAUUUGUGUUGGUUCCAAGUCUUUGCUAUUGUGAAUAGUGCCACAAUAAACAUACGUGUGCAUGUGUCUUUAUAGCAGCAUGACUUAUAGUCCUUUGGGUACAUACCCAGUAAUGGGAUGGCUGGGUCAAAUGGUAUUUCUAGUUCUAGAUCCCUGAGGAAUCGCCACACUGACUUCCACAAUGGUUGAAGUAGUUUACCGUCCCACCAACAGUGUAAAAGUGUUCCUAUUUCUCCACGUCCUCUCCAGCACCUGUUGUUUCCUGACUUUUUAAUGAUGGCCAUUCUAACUGGUGUGAGAUGGUAUCUCAUUGUGGUUUUGAUUUGCAUUUCUCUGAUGGCCAGUGAUGAUGAGCAUUUUUUCAUGUGUUUUUUGGCUGCAUAAAUGUCUUCUUUUGAGAAGUGUCUAUUCAUGUCCUCUGCCCACUUUUUGAUGGGGUUGUUUGUUUUUUUCUUGUAAAUUUGUUUGAGUUCAUUGUAGAUUCUGGAUAUUAGCCCUUUGUCAGAUGAGUAGGUUGUGAAAAUUUUCCCCCAUUUUGUAGGUUGCCUGUUCACUCUGAUUGUAGUUUCUUUUGCUGUGCAGAAGCUCAAAAAAGAGAAUUUCAGACCAAUAUCCUUGAUGAACAUUGAUGCAAAAAUCCUCAAUAAAAUACUGGCAAACCGAAUCCAGCAGCACAUCAAAAAGCUUAUACACCAUGAUCAAGUGGGCUUCAUCCCUGGGAUGCAAGGCUGGUUCAACAUACGCAAAUCAAUAAAUGUAAUCCAGCAUAUAAACAGAACCAAAGACAAAAACCACAUGAUUAUCCCAAUAGAUGCAGAAAAGGUCUUUGACAAAAUUCAACAGCCCUUCAUGCUAAAAACUCUCAAUAAAUUAGGUAUUGAUGGGACGUAUCUCAAAAUAAUAAGAGCUAUCUAUGACAAACCCACAGCCAAUAUCAUACUGAAUGAGCAAAAACUGGAAGCAUUCCCUUUGAAAACUGGCACAAGACAGGGAUGCCCUCUCUCACCACUCCUAUUCAACAUAGUGCUGGAAGUUCUGGCCAGGGCAAUCAGGCAGGAGAAGGAAAUAAAGGGUAUUCAAUUAGGAAAAGAGGAAGUCAAAUUGUCCCUGUUUGCAGAUGACAUGAUUGUAUAUCUAGAAAACCCCAUUGGCUCAGCCCAAAAUCUCCUUAAGCUGAUUAGCAACUUCAGCAAAGUCUCAGGAUACAAAAUCAAUGUACAAAAAUCACAAGCAUUCUUGUACACCAAUCACAGACAAACAGAGAGCCAAAUCAUGAGUGAACUCUCAUUCACAAUUGCUUCAAAGAGAAUCAAAUACCUAGGAAUCCAACUUACAAGGGAUGUGAAGGACCUCUUCAAGGAGAACUACAAACCACUGCUCAAUGAAAUAAAAGAGGAUACAAACAAAUGGAAGAACAUUCCAUGCUCAUGGGUAGGAAGAAUCAAUAUCGUGAAAAUGGCCAUACUGCCCAAGGUAAUUUAUAGAUUCAAUGCCAUCCCCAUCAAGCUACCAAUGACUUUCUUCACAGAAUUGGAAAAAACUACUUUAAAGUUCAUAUGGAACCAAAAAAGAGCCCGCAUCGCCAAGUCAAUCCUAAGCCAAAAGAACAAAGCUGGAGGCAUCACGCUACCUGACUUCAAACUAUACUACAAGGCUACAGUAACCAAAACAGCAUGGUACUGGUACCACAACAGAGACAUAGAUCAAUGGAACAGAACAGAGCCCUCAGAAAUAAUGCCGCAUAUCUACAACUAUCUGAUGUUUGACAAACCUGACAAAAACAAGAAAUGGGGAAAGGAUUCCCUAUUUAAUAAAUGGUGCUGGGAAAACUGGCUAGCCAUAUGUAGAAAGCUGAAACUGGAUGCCUUCCUUACACCUUAUACAAAAAUUAAUUCAAGAUGGAUGAAAGACUUACAUGUUAGACCUAAAACCAUAAAAACCCUAGAAGAAAACCUAGGCAAUACCAUUCAGGACAUAGGCAUGGGCAAGGACUUCAUGUGUAAAACACCAAAAGCAAUAUACUACUGAAAUUAAGUUGAUAUUAAUCCAAACUAGGUUGUUUCAAAAUAAGAUAUCAAUUGUAAUCCUCAGGGCAACUACUAAGAAAAUAGUUAAACAGUAAAGUAAAAGAAACAUAAGAAAAUGAAAAUGGAACACAGAAAAUAGCUACUUAAUACAAAAAGAAACAGUAUUUGAAGAAUAGAGACGCAAAAAAAGACAUAAGACAUACAAUAUACCAAAAAAAACCAUAAAUCCAACUUUAUCAGUGAUCAUAUUAAAUGUAAAUAGACUAAAAUUCCACCCUAAGAUCCCAGUAUUUCUAGAGCUAUGGGAGAAAAUACAGCCACUGCUUGAAAGACUGCAAGGGAAACAGCGUCCUCAGAGGACAGCCAGGUUUUCAGUGAAGGAAAAAGAUGAAGAGAAUCAUGGUGAAUUUCAAAAGUUACGAAAGUGUGGGAAAAAAGAUAGGAUCAAGAAAUGGCAAAGCCUUAUGGGGAUUAGAGAGUGGGAAAUGAAGAAAGACCUGGAAUUAGGAGAUGCUUAUGGUGUUCAUGCAACAGGGAUAAAAAUCAUGAGGUGAGUCUUGGUGUAUGGACUCAAGUCAGUGAGUUUUAGUGGAAAGGGUAGAUGUUUGUGGCUCCUUUCUGAAUUCUGUUAAUUGAGCAGAAGACAUUGAGGAACUAUUGUCUCAGUUCAGAACUUACUGAUCAUGCUGGGGAAGGGGUAGGCCUACUCUGAGUGGGAGCUUCCCCUUGGGUCCUAUUAAUAGAGUUAAAGAGGACUGUGAAAAGCAAAGCUUGCUCAAAGUGUGGGUCCCUUCUCAACCUUCCUCCUCCUCCUCAUCAUCAUCAGUAUCAUCAGCAGCAUCAAUAUGACCAAGUUAUGAUAAGUUUUUCACAUAAUAGUCAUGCUCCUAUUUGGAAAAAUGAAAAUGACAGCCUAGUUAAAUCAAUUUUAUUAUAAAUACAUAUGUUAUUAUCACUUAGUGGAGAAUGAAUUCUUUGCUUAUUUUAUUGCAUUUCCAGCAAAUUAUGAACACUUUUUAAAUAUUAAAUACUAAGAAAUAAAUAUAUUGUAAGCUGAAUUACUAAAAUUACAUAUAUUAAGAUAAACUACUUCAAACAAAAGUGUCAUUACAUAUAAAAGAAUCUGAGUAGUCUUUAAAUUCGCUCCCAAUGGCCCUUAAAUUAACCAUGUACCAUAAUAUUAUAUAACAUAUCUGUAUUUACUGUUUCAUUCAUUUGACAUAUGUUUAUUAAGCACUUAUAGGUCUACAUUAUUAGAGGUGUUAAAGUUUCAGUGGUAGAAAAUACACCAGAUCUCUGAUCUCACGAUACUUGAAUUAUAGAGGAGGAGUUAGACAACAAACAAAUAAACAAGUGAUGUCAGAUAAGUGCUCUGAGAAAACAUAAUGCAGGGAAAGGCAAUAAAGCCUGACAUGGGGUGGAAGGAAUGGAAAGGAAGGCGCUAUUUAACAUUGAAUUAGUGUGAAAGUAUUGGGCAUAAGAAAGAGUGGGUGCAAAAGCCCUGAGCCAGGUGUAUGCUUGGUCUGAUAAAGUGGAUUUCGGGAGGCCAGGUAGGCUGAAAUGGAGUUAAAUAAUGCAGUGAGUGAUGGAAAAUGAGAAUAGGGAAGUUAGAUGGUGGUGAAGAGUCUGAGUCUUACUGUGAAUGAGAUGAGGAACUAUCAGAGUUUUGAGCAGAAAAAUUACAUGAUCUACAUUGCGUGUUUACUUUAUAAACAAUGUCUCCAUGUUUACUUUGACUGCUAUGCCAGGAAUACAUUGUAGGGAGCAAGGGCACCAUCCGAAAGACAAAUUUUGAAGCAGUUAAAAUAAUCCAUGUGAGAGAUGACAGUGACUUGGACAAGGUCGAUAGAGGAGAGGUUGUAAGAAGUGGUUCAGUUUUGAAUCUAUUUCACAAACAAGAGGUAACAGGAAUUGUUGAUGGAUUGGCAGUGGAGGUGUGAGAGGGAAAAAAAAAAAAGUAAAAUGGACAUUGAUGUUUUAAGCAUAAGCAGCUAAAAAAAUACAUUUGCAAUUGAUUGAAAUGGGAGGGACUGAGGAAGAAGCCAUUUAGGGAAGAAGUCAAGAGUUGAUUUGGACAUCAAGUGAAGAUGUCAAGUGAGCAGUUGGAUAUGAGGGUCUGGAAUUUAACGGAAGAGUCUGGGUCUGCAAACAGACAUUUGAAAGUCAUUAAGAUGUGGAAGAUAUUAAAGCCGCAAGGGCUGGAAGAGAUCGAGACGGUGAACAUAAACAGAGAGAAGAGGCCUGAGGACUGAGCACUGGGACAUUCCAACACAGGAAGAGGAGAGGGUUUGCCAAAUAGAAGAAAGUCUAAAAGUGAUAAAAGGACAUUUUUUAAAUCAUUUAAAAGUUAUCAGAAAAAUAUGGGACCCGUCACACUUUUCAUGCAGAUAUGGAGAGAAAGGGUAUUAUAGAGGCAGUAAUAGAAAAAAAUAUAUCCAUUGCAAUUUUAUCAUAUUAUGUUCUUAUAUUCUCUCGUAUAUAUUAUAUAGUAUAUUAAUUUAUAGAUAUAUAUUCACAUAUUCAUGAAUGAAUCCAUUACAGUGCCUAUUAUAACCACUGUCCCUUUCUUAGGACGCUUUUUAAAAAAUCUUCAGCUAGCUACUAACAAAAUGACCCUUUAGGCUGAGAUAAGGGUCUGUGAGCCUGAAGAAGUUACCCAUGAGAAGGAUGGAAAGUGGAAGUCCCGUAAUAAAGAGAAACAAACUCCAGAGUGAAGAGAGAGGUGGCAGGCUGAUCACAACCCGAGGCAGAUGGUUAUUGAGUCAUGAUAAUAGUGAGUUUUGUUGGCCAGGUGCAGUGGCUCAUGCCUGUAGUCCUAACACUUUGGGAGGCCUAGGAAGUGGAUCUCUCCAGCCCGGGAGAUUGAGACCAGCCUGGGCAAUAUAGUGAGAACCCAUCUCUAAAAAAGAAAAAUUUCAAAAAUAGUGUUGUUAAGGUCUGCUAAGGGAAAAACAAGAUAAACUUGGUGCAAGAAGAUAUUUGGAUUUUUUCUGAUUCCUAAAGUACAUAAAUCAGUCCCUAUGAUGAGGCUGGUGUAGAUGGCUCUCUACUUAUGUGACAUUUCUGUUGCUCUUGCUGUCAUGAGUGCAUUCAGAUGAAACUCAUUAGUGUUUCCACUGAGGAAGGGUUCUAAUCUUUGCUUCCAGAAAGAUCUUGGUUUAUACUCAAAAUUAAAUAUUUACACUAUUUGUUGUUAAGUCAAUAAAUAAUGCCAAUAAAUAUUGAUUUAAAAGUCAAAAAGAAUCGUUAAUCAUUUACUGUGCUGAUAUCACAAGAAAUAAUAAAGUGCAUUCAUGCUAAAAUCAUAAUUAAAAUUUAGUAAGGUAUUCACUAUUUUAAAUUAAAUUGGUUUUACAAGUGUGACAAGAAGCUGUGUGGUAGACGAUCUUCACAGCAUAAAAAUUUUGAAACUAACUGCAGGGUAGAGCUCUAAAAUCUUAAAUUUCUUUUAAGAUUUUAAAAUGAGUAUGGUUUUAAGUCUUAUAUGAGUAUGGUUUGAAAAAGAGUAGUGACCCCCAAAAUUCUAAAGUGGAAAUCUGAAGGCUCGAGUUUUAAUCCCAGCUCUGCCACCAAAAGCUGUAUGUUAUUUAGCAAGUACCUGAUAUUCUUAUUUGUCAAUUAUACUUCAAUAAAGCUGAAAAAAACCAAAUAACUAAAACUCUUGUCUCAGUUUCUUUAAAGUGAGGUGAUUGAAAUACAUGAUUUUUCAAGUUUCUUUAAGUCUGUAUGACACACAUUUCUCUAGGAACAUAAUGUAAAUUGAAACUUCUUCCAGAAUAAGGCUAUCAUAUCGAUAGGAACUAGGAAACUCCGGAUGUUUGAACAGAGUUUUAGAAGUAGCAGAACACAGUCACUCCUUCCAUGUUAAGAUACCUCUAAAAUAUGUACAAAAGCUUCAUAUUUUGUGUAGACACCAGAUAAACCUCUGACUAUGCUUAGGGUAGCCCAAGUUAGACUUGCCUGGGCUAAACAGUAUGGUAAGGUUUUGAUUGCCUGAGGUUGAAAUAUGCCGUUAGACCACCCUCACUCAACUCUGCUAACAAAUGUUCAUUGAGCUGCUAUUGUAUGUUAAGUCACAUGUUAGGUUCCAGGGAUUCAACAAUGAACAAGAGCACAGCACCUGUUUGAGGUGAUAAAUGAUGAGUAAUCAGAAAAUUACAAUUAUGCAACAAAUACCUUGACAGAGAAAAGUUCUAUGGAAGCAGCAGGUAGGUGUAUCUUGCUUAGACCAAUGGGAUAGGGAAAAAUUCAAAAAUGGAAGAUUAUCUGAACAAGACCUAAGAGUCAAAUUAUUGGGAUAGGGAGAAACAGAAAGAACAGAAUGUAUUGAGAUCUGAAACUAAGUGUGAGGACAGGAGUUGUAAGAGAUGAGGCUGGAAAAGUCAGGGGUGUGAAAGGAAAAUAAAUCUUGGGGCCCCAAAAUCACUAAGCUAAAGGGAAAAGUCAAGCUGGUAACUGCUUAGGGCAAACCUGCCUCCCAUUUUAUUCAAAGUCAUCCGUCUGCUCACGAGAUAGAUGCAUAUCUGAUUGCCUCCUUUGGAAAGGCUAAUCAGAAACUCAAAAGAAUGAAACCAUUAGUCUCUCAUCAACCUAUGACCUGGAAGCCCCCUCCCUGCUUCGAGUUGUCCCACCUUUCUGGACAAAACCAACAUAUGGCUUACAUAUAUUGAUUGAUGUCUCAUGUCUGCCUAAAAUUUAUAAAACCAAGCUGUGCCCUGACCACCUGGGGCACAUGUCGUCAGGAUCUCCUGAGGCUGUGUCAUGAGUGCAUGUCCUCAACCUUGGCAAAAUAAACUUUCUAAAUUAACUGAGACUUGUCUCAGAUUUUCAGGGUUCACAGGGGGAUGAAGAAAAUGCCUCCUAAGCCAUAUUUUAAAAAUUAAACUUUAUGGCCAGGUGCAGUGACUCACACCUGUAAUCCCAGCACUUUGGGAGGCCGAGGCAGGUGGAUCACCUGAGGUCAGGAGUUUGAGACUAGCCUGGCCAACGUGGUGAAACCCCGUCUCCACUAAAAACACAAAAAUUAGCCGGGUGUGGUGGCAGGUGCCUGUAAUCAUAGCUAUUUGGGAGGCUGAGGCACGAGAAUUGCGUGAACCCAGGAGGUGGAGGUUGCAGUGAGCCGAGAUUGCGCCACUGCACUCCAGCCUGGGUGACAGAGUGAGACUUUUUCUCAAAAGAAAAGAAAAAUUAAACUUUAUAUCAUUGUCAAUGGGGAGCUAGGGCCAUGUUCUAAACAGGGGAGAGAUAAGAUCAAAUUUAUAAUUUAGAAAUGUAAUUAGUUGCAGAGGAAAAAAUGGAUGAGAGAAGACUAGCUCUAGAAUUUGCGAGGCUGAAUUAAUAAUCCAGUUGAGAAAGGAAUGGUAUUGUUAAUUAAGGGAGUGGUAGUGGUGAUGUGAAGAAUUCAAAAGACUCUCAAAGUGCUUAGGGUGCAGAAUAGACAGGAUAUAGACGUGGAGACAAGGAAGGUAAAGAUAAAACCCAGGUUUAUGGCUUAGUCAAUGCAGAUCUUCUACUGAAGUAGAAACAUAGGGCAGGAACAAGUUGAUUAGAACAAACAAAACAGAAAGAAAAUAAAAGAAAGAAAAAGAAAAAAAGUAAUGAGCUAACUUUUCGACAUGUUGACUUCAAUGUCCCAUGGGAUAUCUGAGUUAGGUGGUGUAAUAAAUCAGUAGUAAUAAGCACUUAUUUCAAAAUGAGAAUUUGUUCCAAAGCACUUGACAUAUUAGGGAACAAUUUGAGUAUAACGUGAAUAUCACGUGCUUAUGCAUGAAUGAAGAAACCUGAACCCCACUGAUUUGAACCAGGGGAAUGCACAAAAUGCUCACUUGCACACACCAGAAACUGCCACCUCCACCCACCUUGUGUGCUUUCCUCGAGUUUUGCUAUUCUUUUGCAUUUGUGAAUUCUCUUGAAAAACCACUCAUCCAACUUCCCAAACUGUCAAAUCUUACUGGUUUAAAAAUGCCAAGCAGGACCUGGCAUAGUGGCACACGCCUGUAAUCCCAGCACUUUGGAAAGGCGAGGCGGACAGAUCACUUGAGCCCAGGGGUUCGAGACCAGCCUGGGCAACAUGGUGAAGUCCUGUUACUACAAAAAAUAAAAUAAUAAAAUAAUUAGCUGGGUGUGGUGGCACGCACCUGUAGUCCCAGCUACCAGGGAAGCUGAGGAGAGAGGAUCACCUGAGCCCAGGAAGUUGAGGCUGCAGUGAGCCGUGAUUGUGCCUCUGCACUCCAGCCUGGGAGACAGAAUGAGACCCUGUUUCAAUAAAAUAAAAUAAAAUAAAAUAAAAUAGCCAAGCAAUGUGUGAAAUGGAAAGCUUUACAUUUUCAGGAGCAAAUUGAAAUAAUACAGCAUUUUGAAAAAAUGAGAGGAUAUGUGAUAUCUCCUGAGCAACAGAAAUAAAGGCAUUAUACUGUGGACCAUCAGAGACAAUGCUACAGAAAUAAAACAAAGGUCUAUGCUGUAAAAAUAAAAGAAAGUUUUAUGCCUGCAAUAACUUCAAGUGCUAUGAUGUCAAAUGAGUAACAAAGCCUAGAGCAAUAAAAAACGUUUUCUUAGGUGGAAAGAUUGUUGGACAUACAGAUUGAAGAACAACAGCAAAAAAGAAUUGGGAAUAACUUUUCUUGCAAUGUAAGUGAAAACUCUCUCUAUAUAAGAAGACUUUCCAUAGAAAUUGCCAAAUCCUGCAAAACUGGCUGUGUUUAGUGGUAGUAUUAGCGCAUAGCUGGUUUGGUGGUUUCCAACAUCACUACAACUUCCAAAGCCUUCAUCAGUUGGGCAAAGCCACAAGUGCAGAUGAGAAUGCUGCAAAAUAGCUUCCAGUACUGAUAGGGAAGUUAAUUGAAAAAGAAGGCUACACAUUGAAUCAAAUUUUCCAUUUUGAUGAAACAGGUAUCUAUUAUAAACUAAUUUCUUUAAGAACCUCCAUCUCCAAGACAGAACACCAUUCCGCAUAAUUUAAGGCUGCGAAAGCUUAAUUGUGAUGUUCUGUGCGAUAGCAGAAUUUAAGACUUUUUUUUUUUUAUUUUUAUUUUAGGUUCAGGGGUACGUGUGAAGGUUUGUUACACGCAUAAAUUGUGGGUUGCUGGGGUUUGGUGUACAGAUUAUUUCAUCACCCAAGUAAUAAGCACAGUACUCAAUAGGUAGUUUUUCUAUCUUCACCCUCCUCGCAUCCUCCACCCUCAAGUAAGCCCUGGUGUCUGUUGUUUCCUUCUUUGUGUCUAUACGUAUUUACUGUUUAGUUCUCACUUGUAAUCUGAGAACAUAGGGUAUUUGGUUUUCCGUUCCUGCAUUAGUUCACUUAGGAUAAUGUCCUCCAGCUGCACCCAUGUUGCUGCAAUGAACAAGUUCUUGUUCUUCUCUAUGGCUGCAUAGUAUUAUUCCAUGAUGUUUAUGUAACAUAUUUUCUUUAUGCAGUCUCCUAUUGAUGGGCAUUUAGGUUGAUUCCAUGUCUUUGCUAUUGUGAAUAGUGUUGUGAUGAACAUAUGUGCAUGUGUCUUUACGGUAGAAUGAUUUAUAUUCCUCUGGGUAUAUACCCAAUAGUAGGAUUGCUGGGUUGAAUGGUAAUUCUGUUUUAAGUUCUUUGAGAAAUCACCAGACUGCUUCCCACGAUGGCUGAACUAAUUUACAGUCCUAUUGGCAGUGUAUAAGCAUUCCCUCUUCUCCACAACCUCGGCAGCAUCUAUUUAUUUAUUGAUUUUUUAAUGACAGCCAUUCUGACUGGUGUGAGAUGGUAUCUGUUAACAUUUAAAGUGAACAUUUAAGAGAUGCUAAUUGCUGCUACUGACGGUGAGAAUGCAGAAAGUGUUGCAGAAUUUUGGAAGGGAUUACUGUCAAAAUGGACCUUGUAGAAACCCGGAAUGAUGUAAUAAAAGAAUAUUUGCAUUGUAUGUGAUAGAAAUCUCUCCAUAACUUAAUUCAUGGAUUUGAAGGAUUUGAAGUUUCCAAGCAAUUUUAUUAAAAAUUAAGGCAAGCUGUGUUGACCUAGCAAAGCAGGUUGGAUUUGAGGAGGUAGAAAAUGAAGAUGUGGAAGAGCUACAAGACUCUUACCCUGAUGAUCUAAUCAUAGAAGACUUGAAACAACUUACUGCCGUUGGCCAAAUAGAGGCAGAAGAUGAUGAAGAUGAGGAUGAGUACAAAAGCCAGAAAAUAGCUUGACAAUUUUAUGUUUUAUAAAUAAUUUUAUAACAAUUCAUAAUUUGACUCUCAGAGCACAAACUUAAUUGUAAGUUUUUCAGGGGCACAACCUGGAGAAAAAUUACUCUUAAACUAAUUUAUCAAAUGUUCUACCUUCAAUAGGAUAAACUUUUUUUUUCUGCCUGCACAGUAUUUACAUAACUUUGGUUAUUCCGUGAAAUGUAUCCACAGGCUUCUCAAUGCAAAUGUCCACAUUUUCUCCAGAACUGCCAUAUUAAAAAUAGGCUACAUUUUGUUAGUAGGCCUUUAAGAUAUAUAACAAAGAAGAAUUUUUCAUUUUCCGCAAAGUUUAACAAAAUACAUUACAAAAAACCUGAGAUAAGAAACAUUCCAAUUUGGAUUUUCCAAGAUAAAAAUAAGUCUGUGGAUGGAUCAUUUGUUAUUAAUUUUUAACAUUAAAUGUAGUGAAGUUGAGUCUGUGAAUAUCUCUUCAUAGAAAAUUAAUGUCAGUAACAAUACAGGGAAGGGGAAUUCAUUCUAACUCAAUCAUAAAUGGCUAAUACAUGGUUAAUAUGUGCCUGUGUGCAAGACAAUCAAAUAGCAGUGUAGUUAUUGAAGGGGAAGCCCUGAAGCUUACAUAACUGAUUCAUACUUAUAAUUCUAUACUUACCACUGUUUAUGGAAGCAAUGAAUCAAAGGAAAAACGAUGUUAUUUAAAUUUAAAACUGCAUGCCAAUGGCUUUUAAACAUCAAGAUUGGAAAAUUCCCAAACAAGGAAUUUUCAGAUUCCUAACUCCAGCAAAACUAACUUGGAAGUAAUUCUGCGAUAUGUUAUAGAAGGGUGUACAAGGUUGAAAAUGCUGUUUUAUGCUACUGACAAACUGCCCUUGUUCCUGCUCCCCAAACCUCUCCAUGCAUAUAGACUCAUUAGGCUGCUGGCGAGUGAUAAGGGAUAAUAAUCCUUGCCACCUGCCUGUCUCACAGCAAUAUUAGGAAUACUAAUGACAAUAUUGAGAAUGUGUCUAAUGAGAGCCUCUUGAGAGAUUUUGAAAUCCACAGAAGAAAUAUCUGCGUAAUUAUUUUGAGAUUCAUCCAUUAGGUGUAUGUAUCAAGACAUAAUUUGUAAAAUUUUGGGAUAGUAUUUUAUCAUAUGGAUAUAUCACAAUUUGUUUAUCCAUUCUUCUGUUCAUGAACAUUUGGGUUGUUCUCAGUUUUGAGAUAUUAUUGUUUUUAAAGCUGCUGUGAGCAUUCAAGUACAAGUUAUUGUAUGGACGUUUUGCUUUCAUCGUUCUUGGGUAAAUAUCUAGAAGUGGAAUAGCUGGAUCAUGUGUUAGGUGCAUGUUUAACUUGUCAUGAAACUGCCAAAUUGCUUUCCAAAGUGAUUGUACCAUUUUAUAUUCCCAUCGGCUGUAUAUGAAAGUUCCAGUUUUUCUACAUCCUCACCAAAACUUGGAUGUGAUCAGUCUUUUUAAUUCUAACCAUCUGUGUCUAGGGAUGUUUCAUUAUGGCUGUCAUUUGCAUUUUCUUAAUGACAAAUGAUGUUGUGUAUCUUUUCAUGUACUUAUUUUCUCUACAUGCAUCUUCUCUGGUGAGGUGCUUGUUCAAAUAUUUUGCCAAUUUUAUGAGUAAAUCAUGUUAUUACUGAGUUUGAAAAGUCCUUACAUAUUCAGAAUACAAGUGGGUUUUUUUUUUUUUUUGAGACAGAGUCUUACUCUCUUGUCCAGGCUGGAGUGCAGUGGCAUAAUCAUGGCUCACUGUAACCUCCGCCUCCUGGGUUCAAGUGAUUCUCCUGCCUCAGCCUCCUGAGUAACUGGGGUUACAGGUGCACACCACCAUGCCCAGCUAAUUUUUUGGGUUUUUUUUAGUAGAUACGGAGUUUCACCGUGUUGGCCAGGCUGGUCUUGAACACCUGACAUCAGAUGAUCUGCCCGCCUUGGCCUCCCCAAGUACUGGCAUUACAGGUGUGAGCUGCCUCACCCGGAUGGAUACAAGUUCUUUAUCAGAUAUGUGCUUUGCAAAUUUUUGUCUUAGUCUAUGAUUUGUCUUUUCAUUUCUCUCAGUAAUGUUUCAUAGUUUUCAGUGUACAUGGCUCCUUGUCUUUUGAAAGAUUUAUCCCUAAACAUUUAGUAUUUUUUUCUCAGUUGUGCUAGUCACAUUUCAAAUGUUCAACAGCAAGAUGUGGUUAGUGGAUUUAUUAGACAGCACAGAUAUAGGACAUUUUCAUCUUCUCUAGUGUCAGACUAGACUAGGUUAUAGACCAUUUUGACCAUUUUUCUGUUAUAGACCAUUGAGUUAUAUUUAAAAUAAGUGGAGUGCUAAGACAGUAGCUCUUAAAUAUUCUCACCACACACAAAAAGGGUAACUAUGUGAGGUGAUGAAUAUGUCAAUUAGCUUGACUGUGGUAAUUAUUUUACUACUCAUUAAAAAUCAUUUUGUACACCUUAAAUAUAUACAAUUUUUAUCUGUCAGUUAUACCUCAAUAAGUCUGAGGGGAAAAGAUAAUUCAGAUGGCAAAAAACUUUUAAAUUAUCUCCUAAGAUACUUUGUGAAUAUUUACUUUGUUAUGAAAUACCAAAUUGUAUACUUCUUUUCCUUAAAAAAAAAGUUAAAACCUAACAUAAAGUAAAAUUAAUUAUGAGUUUUAGGUAUGUGACUACUGGAUUUAAAAAUGAAAAUAUAGUUAAGAAUUCUUACCCAACAGUUGAGACUAAAAUAGGAUAGAGAGAAACAAGUACUGAUUUAUAUAUAUAUUUUUUACCUUUGGAAAGCAAAGGUUCAAAUUUGCAUAAUCAUUAACUUUACCUAUUUCUGGUCUUAGCUGGUCUUUUGACAUACUCAUGUUGUUUGAUGUUUGAUGUGGGCUCCAAAAUAUGUUUGGGAAACAAACGUGAUAAAUGUUUACCACGACACCACUCCAAACUUACACGGUGCAAGCUUUAAUAACCUUCAAUGACCUAACUCAUUCAAAAGUAUGCUUCUUGUUGAGAGUGCUUUAAUUAUUCCAUUGCCAUUUAUACUUUCUGUAUAUCAAAGCACUAAUUUAACACCAUGUGACCUUUACAGUAAGCAUCAAACAUAAUUUCAGAAUAGGACACAAAGAUUUUUUUCCCAGUCUUCAUCUGUAUCAUGCUUCGAUGUGUGUGGAUAUCUUUAAAAUCAUUGAUCUGUUUUUCUGUGUACCCACUGCCCCUGCUGAAAUUUGUACUUAGAAUCUAUUUACUUGUGCUCUACAUGGCUCUGAUUUUGAAAUUCCGAUUUGGAAAGCUUUAUUUAUUCAGAUCCCAUAAUGCUGAUCUGGUGGUUGUAAAGAGCAGGUUUUGUACCUUCUCAUAUAAGGGUUAUGGAAAAUAAGGCAUUAAAAUUUGCUGCCUUCUCAAGAGGCUCUCCAUAUUCCUACUGGUCAUGGAGUAAUGGGGCAGGGUGUGCACAAACAGGAACAAACCUAUCUCCCAGUUUGUUUUUGCUUUUCUGUGGUAAUCCCCUGUACAUCCCAUGUUGAUGCAUCAGAAAUUUUAUGCAGUUAAUUAUAUAAAUUGUUCAGCUUGAUGAAGUAGAUUGAGGAAACUUCUACCAUCAAAGUUUCUAGCUGAGCUGCCACAGUGUAAUGAGUGGUCUUCAGUGACAGUGGCCAAGGGCCAUUGAUUUUGAAUAAUGUUUGUCCAGGGUUUUAGACAUAAAUGUUAUCAAGAACUCUUUGUCCAUCCACCUGAUAAUUAAGGAAGGGUGAGGAGUCCUCAAGGGGCUCCUAAAAAAAGGUCACUGUGGACUUGGUUGACUUCCACAUUUACAAGUAGCACUUUCUUUCCCUAUGCAUGGGGAUAAUACCAUUCUUCAGUGCACUUAAGUAUUAAGCACUUGAUGUUUCUGUGGCAUUUGUAGCCAAGAAGAUUUAUUGAAUUUCAUUAUAACAUAUUGCAUACAAGGCAGUACAUUAUUUCUUAUUGUUAUGCAACUAAAAUAUUCAUAUAGUUAAAAAAUUUAAACAGCUCAUGUAAACUUUUUAAAACAGCCUAUAAUGAAAAAUGAGUUUCCCUUUACCUAUUCUGAAAUUUUAUUUAUUUAUUUAUUUUUUUGAGACGGAGUCUCACUCUGUUGCCCAGGUUUGAGUGCAGUGGCAUGAUCUCGGCUCACUGCAAGCUCCGCCUCCCAGGUUCACGCCAUUCUCCUGCCUCAGCCUCCCAAGGAGCUGGGACUACAGGCGCCCACCACCACACCUGGCUAAUUUUUUGUACUUUUGGUAGAGAUGGGGUUUCACCAUGUUAGCCAGGAUGGUCUCAGUCUUGAUCUCCUGACCUCGUGAUCAGCCCGCCUCGGCCUCCCAAAGUGCUGGGAUUACAGGCAUGAGCCACAGCACCCAGCCCUGAAAUUUUACAUUUAAUAAGCAUAGAUCAAC